AUGUAGAACUAUUAACUUAUUAUAUAUAUUCUCUAGUCUUUAUAAUAAAAAAAAAGAUAAUAAGCCCUUUCAAACUUUAAAAAUUUAUUUUUUCAUAAACAAGAACUGAAUACUUAAAUAUACACAGUUUAGAUUAGUUAGGAAGUUGAUAAAAAAUAGUCAAUAUAAAAUUUUGUCAAAAGAUAAAAAUGUAAUUUGAAUGUAUAAAUAAAGGAAACAAAGGAAGAAAGAAAGAAAAAAGAGUCAAUGAUAAAUAUUAUUUCAAAAUAUCUCACCUCCCACAAGGUUAAUCAAUCAAUAUUAUAAUUUCAAAAUAAUUAUUAAAUAUCUUUCUUUCCUUCUUUAAUUAAUCUAAAAAAAAGAGGGAUGAAAUAAAUUAAGAAACAAAUUUUUAAUUUAACUAAGCUAUAUGAUGCCCUUUAUAUUGAUUUUCUUAAAAUAUCAUUUUUUAAAAAUUCAUUCAUUCAUUAAUACAUUCAUUCAUUCAUUCAUUCAUUCAUUUAUUCAUUCUAAUAUAUUUAUGAGCUGGCUGGUUAACAAAUAAUUUGUUAAUUUUUUGAAUUCAGAGACUGUUUUUAACUCCCGCUAUUUAUAGUAAUUGAUUUAAUAAAAAAUAAAUGCGCUGUCCAUGUUUUACUUUUAUUAUCAAUUAAAUUAAUAUCUUCUCUUUUAUAUUAGAUAAUUUAAUCACUUUUAAUUUUAAUCUAAAUUAAAAUUAUUCCUUUCAUUUAUAAUUUUUUUAUGCGUUGA